AUGCGACACUCUAAUCUCAGUUGGUUCAGCCUGCUGGGGCUUCUCAUCCCCGCCGCCACCAAUGCCGUCGAUCUCCCCGUCAUCAACAAGAAGAUUGAAUAUAUCGUGAACGUUUCUAUCGGAACCCCGGCCCAGGUUCUGGAGGUCAUCCUGGAUACAGGCAGCAGUGAUCUAUGGAUCCCGAGUAAUGACUCGUGCACUUCUACCGUUCCCUGUGUUAGCGGUUCCUUCAACCCUGAAAUGUCCUCGACGUUCAACGAGCUCAUACCCGAUGGCUUUGGAAUCCAGUAUAUGGACGGGUCGGGGGCCAAUGGUGAUUUCUUCACGGACGUGCUGGAAGUGGCCGGGGCCAGACUGACCAACUUCACCAUGGGCCUGGGGACCGAUCUCUACAACCAGACAGGCGAUGAAGCCGUCGGCGUGCUGGGUAUUUCCUACCGAACACUGGAAGCCGUUACGGACGGCAGCACCUACGAUAACCUGCCCUAUGCCUUGGUCAACCAGGGCAUCAUAAAGACCGAGGCGUACAGCCUAUGGUUGGAUGACAGGAAUCAACUUACCGGCAGCAUCCUCUUCGGUGGCAUCGACACGGCCAAGUUCAUAGGCAGUCUUGAAAUCCUCAACAUCCUCGCACAGAACGACCUCAUUCAAGGAUUCUACGUGAAUCUGAGUUCAGUCAGCAUCGAGACCUCCAACGGCCGAUCUAUGCUCACCUCCGAGGAUGCUCCUGCAUUGCUGGACUCGGGCACCUACGCAUUGUUGGUCCCUACGGAUUUCCUUCUUAAAUUGAAGUCCCAGUUCCCCAAUGCUAGCGUUGACGAAGAUGAAUCUGUCAUCAUCCCAUGCGCUGACCUCGAGGGCAAAUAUUUGAGCUUCCAAUUUGAAGAAUCAUCCGCCGUCCUUAACGUCAGCCUGUCCGAGUUUGUCUCCACCAGCCCCGGCAGCUCGGAUUGCGUCGUCGAUGGCAUCGGACUCAGUGGCGACAACACCUUCACCCUAGGUGAUACUUUCCUGCGCUCGGCUUACGUUGUUUAUGACCUUCACAACAGCCAGAUCGGAAUUGCCCCUGCAAGCUUCAACCCUCAUUCCUCGAAUGUGGUUACUUUCUCAAGCAGGGGCGCUAGUAUCCCUACCCAGACUGGCACCGGGGCUACUGGGACUCCCACUGCUACGGCGAUUUCCACGACUUCGGCCACUGGUUCCUCCGCUUCUUCUUCGGCUAGCAAGGGUGCAGCGGUAUCUGACCACUCCUCUGUGUCCGUGGGUCUGUCCCUGGCGGGUGUACUUGGCAUUCUCCUUCUCUAG